GUUCAGGUUGUGCGGUUUCACUACUCAGCUUUUAGUUUGCGCGCUGAACUGUAUGAGGUGCAGGAUGACCCGUUUGGCCCUCAUUUCUACCCUCCUGCUCCUGUUGCUGAGCAGUGCAGUCACUCAAGAAACCGAGGAAACUGUCGCAGCAGCAUCACCUCCAACUCCGGCAUCCAAUGGCAAGGAGGAAGACGACACAGACUGGGGCCUGAACUCUCUGAGAGGCGGCUUUGAGGCUGCUACCGGUUACUUUGACUCAAUUCUGGAGUUCAUGGGUGGACGGGAUGGACUCUGCCAGUACCGCUGCCGAUAUGGUAAUCCUCCAAUUCCACGUCCUGGGUAUCAGAUGCCUGAGCCUGAUGGGUGCAGCUCAUAUUUCUUUGGUCUCCCUGUUCCAGAGGGGAUGGAUAUGGGAAUCCCCGCCAUGACCAAGUGCUGCAACCAGCUGGACAUGUGUUAUGAUACCUGUGGCUCAAACAAGUACCGUUGUGACUCCAAGUUCCGCUGGUGCCUCCAGAGCAUCUGUACCGACCUCAAGAAGAGCCUUGGUUUCGUGUCCAAAGUUGAAGCAUGUGAAACGGUGGCAGACACUUUGUUCAACACAGUGUGGACUCUGGGCUGCAGACCCUACAUGAACAGCCAGAGAGCAUCAUGCUAUUGCCAAGGAGAAGAGAAAGAUGAACUCUAACCUAUACCAUAUUACUAUGAAGAAGACAGUGGAAGUUGCAGUAGCAUAUCAAAAGUACUAUUAAGUACACUAGUAUAAGUGGUAUUGCAAUGAACAGCUGCAAUGGUAUUUUUCGAAUGACAAUAUUGUUGUAUUUUCAAACUAUUGCUGUGCUCUAUCAGCAAUGCUGUUUAUUUAUGCUUCUAGGUGGGGAUAACAAUCAUAACAUGACAUUCGUUUUGUUCCAAAUACCUUUUAAAAGUGUAUUGUAUUGACAGUGCUGUAGAUAAACUGCAUAGCGUACGCUCGAAAUAACCUUUGCUAACUAUAUUGAACUUCCGUUUGCUUUAAUUUCACUUUUAGCAACGAGCUUUUUCAUCCAUUCAUUUAUUUGUUUUUGUUCAACGGAUUACCUGCCAUUCACUGGGUGGACGGGUCAUUGGCCAGAAAUUGAGGCUAGGCUGGUUAAGGAAGA